AUGGAAGACCACAUGCAGGCUAAUUGCAAUGUCAUUGGGGAACUAAUAAAAUCAAAAUACAUGUCAAUAAAGAGAGUACACACACCACAUGACAUAAUCAACGACAUGCUAGAUGAUUUUGGUGUUUCAAUGGGGUACCAAAAAGCCUGGAGAGCAAGAGAAAAAGCUUUAGAAUUGGCAAGGGGAAACCAAGAUGAUUCAUACCAAAAACUUCCCAUCUACCUUCACAUGCUAAAAGUAUCGAACCCAGGUACAAUUACACACCUGGUUACAGACAAUACAGAUCACUUCAAAUAUAUGUACCUAGCAUUUGCAAAUUCCAUCAAAGGAUGGAAACACUGUAGGCCAGUCAUUGUGAUAGAUGGAACUUACUUGAAGACAUCAUUUGGGGGAACUUUAUUCACUGCUUCAACAAUGGAUGCUAACAACAACAUAUUCCCAUUAGCCUUUGGAAUUGGAAACUCUGAAAAUGAUUCAUCAUGGUUAUGGUUUUUCACAAAGCUAAAGGAGACAUAUGGAGAAAGAGAAGGUAUGGCAAUCAUUUCAGACAGGCAUAAAAGCAUAGAAAAUGCUAUAGACCAUGUAUACCCAAAAGCUUUCCAUGGAGCAUGCAUAUUCCACCUGUUAAACAACAUCAAAGUCAAUUUUGGUGUCCAUGGGGAGGACCUAAACCUAAACUUUGUCAAAGCAGCAAAGGCAUACAGGGUACAAUCAUUUGAGCAUUACAUGCAUGAAAUAGACAAGAUUGACACACGCAUAAGACCGUAUUUACAAAAAUUGGAUAUUCAACUUGGUCUAGAUGCCAUGCUCCAACAAGAAGAUAUACAAUGA